GCUCGAAUGGUAUAUAUUCCGGCCGUGACUCGUGUUGACAGACGAGAAAUUUGAGGAGCAAACAUCUUGCAAUUAUGCGGUCCGUCGCCACACAGGCUUAUUCGCCCCCUUCGGGGUAUCAGAUGCUCGAGGUCCCUAAGCCGGAGCUUCAAGGUCCCAAGGAUGUCAUUAUUAAGGUUCAUGCUGGGAGCAUUAAUCCGAUCGAUGUCAAGUAUGCAGGGGGAGCUAUGAAAAUGGUGGUUUCGGACUCUUUUCCGUCUCCGAUUGGCUUCGACUGUGCCGGGACAGUCACCGAGGUUGGUUCCGAAGUCACGAGAUGUAAAGUUGGCGAUGAAGUGUACUCGCGCCUCCCAGGGUCCUGUCGAGGUUCGUCUUGAAUUUUUGGUGUUAACCCACUCGAGGGGUAAUUCGCAGUGACUGAUUCAAUAAUCGUAGGAUCGUGGAGUGAAUACGCCAGGUGCCCAGAAGAAUGUCUGGCUCUCAAGCCAUCUUCAUUAUCAUUCGAAGACUCAGCUUCAAUUCCUCUGGCCGCCCUCACUGCUCUGCAAGCUCUACGGAGAUACGAUGGCGAUCUAAAAGGCAAAACGGUAUUUAUUCCGGCUGGA